AUGCCUGAACUUUCUAAUUUAGAUGAUAUAAUCUCUGGUUUACCAUUUAUACCUUCAUGGUCUAGACGUGAUUGGGAUAAUGAUACCGAAAAAAAUCCAUCAAGUCUUUAUUGGAAGACCGAUGUUAUUGAAACGUUAAAAGAAUACAUUUCUAUUCCAGAAAAUCCCCCAUCACUUCGAGAAGAUUGGUUAAAUCAAAAACAAAGAAAGGGUGAUGAAAAAAUGAAAGAUAUUAUUGAACGUAAAAAGGAAAAUAACAAAGGAUUAAGGGAGAAAAAUAUGAAAAAUUCUCAAAAGAAAUUUGAACGUUCCAAUUUAAUUAAAACAAAAAUUCUAUUAAUGAAAGAUGAAAAGAACGAAAAUAAUUGUUUGAAGUUUGACAAGGAUAUUCUUGAAGAUUGUCAAACUUAUAAAAAUUACAUGUUUAUGUUCCAACGAUCUGCUCUUCCAUUUACCGAACGUGCUUGGUUACUUUUAAAAAAUAAAUUAUUAAAAGAGUACGAAGAAUCUUAUGAACGUAAAAGACAACGUCGUAGAGAAAGAGAAAAUGCCAUUAUCGAAAAUUCUGUUACCAAACUAAUCUCUGAAAAAUUUUCAAAUAUAGAUAUUUUACCCAUGUAUACGUCUAUUACCCAUUUUACUUCUACUUCUUCUGGCUUUUCCAAUUGUGUUUAUUCAAACUCUUAUAAUCCUUCAUUUAUACCCACGACCUCUUUUACUAUCUCUCAAAACACUCUCAUUAAAGAUAUAAACAAUCCUCCUUUUUCUACAAAUUCAUUAACUUCAAGUUCCACUUCAUUAAAUCUCGAAGAUUCUAUUAAUUUGGAUCAACAUUCAUUACUUUACAAAUAUCUUCCUUGGUGUCCCUCAUUUCAAAACCCUCCUUUUCAUAAUAACGAUCCUUAUAAUUUAUGGGAUGAUGAAUUUUUACAAAAAACUUUAAUGCCAAGAAUUUGGAAUGAAGCUUUAAAUCUUAAAAAAACAUUUUCCUCUUUCACAAUUAAUGAUUCCAUUACUUCUUCUAACAAUUUAUCUGUUCAAAAAGCUGUUCUUUGUAAUAUGAAAUCAAAUAAUAUAUUUCAAUGUAAAUUAUGUAAACAACAUUUCUUCAAUUUUAAUUCUUGUUAUCCUUCUUUAUAUACAAAAUCCUUUUAUUCUAAACCUGUUUCUUAUUUUCAAGUUAGACAACAUUUAUAUAACGAUCAUAAAAUAUUUCACAUUUUGGAUGAUGAAUUAAUUGAUGUUGUCUUUAAUGGUUUGAUUGAUCAUAAUUCUAUUAGAACUAGUAAUGUUUUUAUCCUUUCGGAUUGCGUUAAAAGUUUAUGUUCGGUUGGUUAUAAUUUUUGGUUAUUAGAUGGGAUUGUUUAUAUCUUUAAUGAGAGUGUUUUGAGAGAUAGUAAAAGAG